UUUUCCCGACAAAAAGCAAAGGUAUCCAUAAUCAGCUACAGCUCAGUCUUCGCCAUUUUUAUACUGCCCUUCCAACUUCGAAUCAAUUCCCUUCCUCUCCUGCCCACAGAUUGUUGAUUCGUCAUGGUUCUUGAUUCCUCUUCGUGCACAAGCUAGCCCGAUUCCUUGCUCCAGCAAACUGGUUGUUGCCCCUUUUUUGUUCGAUUCCUCAGCUCCUUUUGACUGAUACAGAUACAUGUAUUUACAUGCCGUUCAAUCCUACGAUGAAAGCUCCUCAUCCGCACUUCCAACAGUGAUUUUCAAUGGUCCAAUUGUAGAGAGAGGGAGAGAAAACGAGAGGGUCGAGUGUCAAUUCGGAGUUGGAGCUGUUGCUGUACAAUGGAGCUGCCCAAGUGGAUGUUAUAAUCUCGUAUGGGUGUUCAAGGUUGGGGUCGGGGAAGACUAUUGUUUUGAUGAACAUAGAUGAAAGUCAUGGAUGUCACGGUUAGAAAAAUAUGACCUGUGCUCAUGGAAGAUAUUCAAGGGCUUAAUGAGAAUGUGCUCUCAAAUGGAGAUGUAUAUAUCGGCAGUUUUAAAGAUAGGCUGCCUCAUGGGAAAGGAAAGUACAUUUGGUUUGAAGGAACAAUUUAUAAUGGUGAUUGGGAAGAUGGAAACAUGACAGGUAAGGGAAGGAUCAUCUGGCCAUCAGGAGCAAAAUAUGAGGGUGAUAUCUCUGGUGGUUAUCUUCAUGGCUUUGGCACCUUCAACUAUUCUGACGGAUCUAUCUAUAGUGGAGCUUGGAGGAUGAAUGUUCACCACGGGAUUGGACGAAAACUAUAUGGUAAUUUAGACAUUUAUGAAGGUUCUUGGAAAGAAGGGAUACCUGAAGGUUGUGGUAGAUACUUCUGGAGUUCUGGAAAUUCUUAUGUUGGGAACUGGAAGGGUGGGAAAAUGUGUGGUAAAGGGAUUAUGAAAUGGGUAAAUGGUGAUCAUUUCAUUGGCUUUUGGUUAAAUGGAUUUAGACAUGGAUCUGGAGUCUAUCACUUUGCUGAUGGUGCAUAUUACUUUGGAUCAUGGAGUAGUGGCCUCAAGGAUGGAAAAGGAACAUUUUAUCCAUCUGGAAACAAACCACCGUCCCUGGAGAAGUGGCAUAACUUUCUUGGUCAUGAUAUUGAUGGAAAAGGUUUUAUAUCUCGGACGCUGUCACUAAAUUCAGAGAAAGAGAAAGCCUCAAAGCAUGGUCUUAAGCACAGUUAUUCAGAGAAGAUUUCCAUCACUGGAAUUCCAAAUCCAGGAGGACUAUCAAAUUGGCCUACAUCAAUGGAUGAAAAUUGGGGCUUAAGUGAUCAUACUCGAGAAGCUUCAGCCGAUGAAUAUUCUUCCAUGAUGUCCCAUGCCUCUGACCAAAGUCAAAGUAAUGUGCUGUAUAAUGAUAGAAUGGUUUAUGAAAGGGAAUACAUGCAAGGAGUCUUGAUACAGGAGAGGAUUAAGGACUAUGAAGAACUAUUGCAGACAAGUAAGGAACAAAAGAAAACUAUGGUCAAAGAAGGAAGGAAAGCGAAAGUGUCAUGUGUGAAUUUCUUUCAAAGUCAUCGGAGCUAUUAUUUAAUGCUAAAUUUGCAACUUGGUAUAAGGUAUACUGUUGGUAAGAUUACUCCAGUUCCCAUGCGUGAAGUUCGAUCUUCUGAUUUCGGAAAACGGGCUAGAAUAGUUAUGUACUUUCCUCGAAAGGGCUCUCAGUUUACACCUCCACACUAUUCUGUCGACUUCCAUUGGAAAGACUAUUGUCCUAUGGUAUUCAGGAAUUUGAGAGAGAUGUUCAAACUAGAUGCAGCAGAGUAUAUGAUGUCCAUAUGUGGCGAUGAUGGUCUAAGGGAACUGUCUUCUCCAGGGAAAAGUGGAAGUAUCUUUUAUCUUUCUCAUGAUGAUAGAUUUGUGAUCAAGACUCUGAAGAAAUCUGAGUUGAAGGUUUUGCUCAAAAUGCUUCCUAAAUAUUAUGGGCAUGUAAAGGAACAUGAAAAUACUCUCAUAACAAAAUUUUUUGGUCUCCAUCGCAUAACAAUUAAUGGUCGGAACAAGGUACGCUUUGUGGUCAUGGGAAACAUGUUUUGCACAGAAUUAAGAAUUCAUCGUCGUUAUGAUCUGAAGGGCUCUACUCUUGGGAGAUAUACUAAUGGAGAUAAAUUGAAAGAUGGUAUAACAAUGAAGGAUCUCGAUUUGUCGUAUGAAUUCCAUAUGGACAAAUUAUUGCGACAAUCCCUUUUCAAACAAAUUUCUCUGGACUGCUUGUUCUUGGAGUCUCUGAAUAUAAUAGACUAUAGCCUACUGCUAGGAGUGCAUUUUCGAGCUCCUGAGAAACUGAAGGCUUUGUUGGAACCUCCUGUUACAGUUCAAAAUCAUGAAAUUUUACUCAAUGGUGGUGAAUCAUCAGAAAGCGAGCCAAAAAUUCCUCCGAAAGGCCUAGUACUUGUAACACAUGAACCUAGCUCUGUAACCACUACCCCAGGUCCUCACAUCAGAGGAAGACCAUUGAAUUUCGUGUGCAGUUGGGAGUAAAUAUGCCUGCCCAUGCUAGUCACAAGCUUAUUGAGGACAAGUCAGAGUCUUCAGAAGUAGAACUUUUUGAGGUUUACGACGUAGUUCUUUACAUGGGCAUUAUAGAUAUACUGCAAGAAUACAAUGUGAAGAAGAAGGUAGAGCAUGCAUACAAAUCGUUAAGAUUCGACCCUCUUUCGAUGUCGGUCGUGGAGCCUCGUUUUUAUGCCAAGCGUUUCAAAAAUUUCUUGGAGAAAGUCUUCCAUGACUUGCCAUGAAAUGUAAGUAAAAUAUCUUGUAUCUUGUGUGAGUUGUGUUGCCUCUUUCCUUUGUUUUGGUUGUGGUUAUUGUUUUCUGGGUUAGAUAAUGUACUUAAGUUGCAUGUGAAAUUAGGGUACAAAAUCAUUUGGGUCAUUCAUUGUAAAGUUAUAUAUGUAUGUCUUAUUCAAUAAAUUGACAUAAUUUUAUUCCU